CGAAGGUGAAAGCAACAAGAAUUUUUUGCGUCUCGUUUUCGACUGCACGGGUAUGCAUGGUGUCUGGACUUCAAUCUUUGACUGAUUAGACCACUGACUGUGUCUGUCCAAACGUUGUCCCACUGGAUCGUUCCCAUCUUCACCCUAGCUCUGUCUUGGUGAUAACAAAAGCAGUUUGCAGUGGGAGAGUUUCUGGUCUGAUUCUCGUCGGUGCCAUUCCUGCAGAACGAUCACAACUCUCUGGUGUAUGGGAUUGACCGUGCGAUUUGCGUGCCUGCCGAGUGCGAGAGGAAUCGCUAGCAUUUGAGGAUCGAUCGCUAGCAGCUGCUGAGCUCUGUGGGUGAAGAAUGGCUGCAGAAGCGGCGAACGCGAGCGAGCUGGGGCUGGUCCGAGGGCAGAGUUUUGAUGUGGGCCCUCGCUAUGGAGCACUGCAGUACAUUGGAGAAGGUGCCUAUGGAAUGGUUGUGGCCGCUACGGACUCUUCUAGCGGUGACAGAGUGGCGAUCAAAAAGAUUAGUCCCUUCGAACACCAGACCUACUGCCAGCGAACGCUACGGGAGAUCAAGAUCCUCCGCUACUUCAAUCACGAGAAUAUCAUCAAUAUCCAGGACAUCAUCCGACAUCCGGAGGACAUCAAUGACAUAAAAGACAUCUACAUUGUCCAGCAGCUGAUGGAGACUGACCUGUACAAGCUGCUUCGCUCGCAGCAGCUCAGCAACGAUCACAUCUGCUACUUCCUGUACCAGAUACUGCGUGGUGUCAAGUACAUUCACUCAGCCAAUGUGCUGCAUCGCGACCUCAAGCCGAGCAACCUUCUGCUAAACACUAACUGUGAUCUAAAGAUCUGUGACUUUGGCCUAGCGCGUAUAGCCGACCCAGACCAUGACCACACGGGCUUCCUGACCGAGUACGUAGCCACGCGAUGGUACCGAGCACCAGAGAUCAUGCUCAACUCCCGCGGCUAUACCAAGAGCAUUGAUAUCUGGUCAGUGGGCUGUAUCCUGGCAGAGAUGUUUGCUAAUCGACCGCUGUUCCCUGGCAAGCACUACCUGGAUCAGAUCUCUCACAUACUGGGAGUGCUGGGAUCUCCGUCAGAGGAGGAUCUCAUGUGUAUCCGCAACGAGAAGGCACGGAGCUACAUUCAGUCUUUGCCAACGAAACCCAAGAUGCCAUGGAACCAGCUCUUUCCCAAGGCAAAUCCACAAGGCCUAGACAUUCUGGACAAGCUGCUCACGUUCAACCCCAACAACCGCAUCGAGGUGGAGGAGGCACUUGCGCAUCCAUAUUUGGAGCAGUACUACGACCCAUCAGACGAGCCGGUCUGCACGAAACCACUCAAGUUCCACAUGGAGUUUGACGACUACCCCAAACACCAACUGAAAGAAAUGAUCUAUUGGGAAGGACAGCAUAUGCAUGAUGAGCAAGCGAAAAUCGCGGCAGGAGGCAAACCAGACGCUUAGGAAACGACAGCCAAGUGAAGACUGGUGGUCAUCCCGUGCCUACCUCACACUGUGCCUACCUCAAGCAUUGUCAACCAGCGCACAUCGUAUAGUUCUUGUUUCGUGAUACCUUGGGUCAGCAUGUCUAUGGAAUUCGUCAACGUGUCUCCGAUACUUACCCGCUUUGUAUUUGUUCUCCGCAUUCUCGAAUGUUCGAAUCUCGACUUUGAUGAAAACUAUGCUUUACCGCUCUGCAUGAUCUAUUUUCGUUGAAUUCGUCGUGCUUUUCUCUAAUGUUAACAAUCCAUGUUUGGUGUGGCGGCCGCUGUUGUUGUUUGCUGCCUGUUGUCGACCGUAAGCUGCGGCGGCAUUCCUAGUGGGGACAGCUGAUUGGCUGUGGCUGAUGUCUUCUGCUGUAUGGAGUGUGUAUGGAGUAGGAGCAACCUCCUAGUGGUAGCUGGACACUGUCCUGGCCGUGUAGCAUCUCUGUGACUCGCUAUCACCAAUCAUCUUUGUCGUUGUUUCUCGUGUCGCCAGUUCUUGACGGCUCUCACCUGUUGUCUUUGGAUGCUACUCCUUCGGGCAGCGCUGACGCUUUCACACCUGUCUCAUCUCUGUUUAUGUCCUUGCGGCCCGCCAUCGAUCCUGUCCUCUGCUCUUCCUGUCUCUUGUUAACGUUUUGGAUAUCCUUUGCAGGAAUGAAUUUGGCCGACAUCAUCAAUAAUCCCCGUCCGUAUUUGUCCUAUUCUCCAGCGGCCGGCCCCCGUCCGCAGACCAGCUCCCAGCAAAUUGCUUCGUCCCUCGCCUAUUCCCAAUCAGUAUAGCAUUCCGGUGUAAACUACUCGGAAGACCGCUAGCAUUGUGUGUUCAUAUUUUCGGGCUGCGUAUACAUUGUAUACCCCGCUUACGUCACGUUAUGUUUUCAGAAUAACAUAACGUCGUUGUUAAGUCAUGCUUUUAUCACUCCCAUGCUAGCUGGUGUCUAUGAUGAUGUCGCCAUGACGUCAUGGCAUGAUGUCACCACAAUGUCACUGCAUCAUGAUGUGAUUAUGUCACCGUGACAUCAUUGCAAUGGUGUCGCCAUGUGCCAUCAUUGCAACAUGAUCGCCGUGACGUCGUUGUGAAGACGUCACCAUGAUGUCACCGUGACAUCACAAUGCCAUUAGCAGCAGCAGCAGGCGCUAUAUACACACCUCUGUUGUACAGCACACUGUCGUCUCCGCUCAUCAUGCACAAAACCACUAUAUCCGUUCUUGUCAGCCGAAAUCAAAAAUACCCUCCUGUCAGUAGCCGUGAAUGUGAUUAGCUCAUUGUUUUCAUGAUUGAAUACCUCUACAUAACGGUGUAUGUGUGAUUUGAAUCUGUUUGUUUAGCUCAUUGCCAAUAUUGUCGUGUACCAGCUCUCUUGUGAAACGGAUUGAUGGACACGAUCGUAGUUACAAUCUAGCAUACGCUGACUGACGUAGUGCCGUUGCUUUCUA